AUGAAACGACUAGAUAUGGUUUAUUUAAUGAAAGUAGUGCUUCAUGUUAUGAGUAUGGGUGAUAUAAAAAAUAUUGAAAUGAUUAAUAAGAAAUGUGGAAUUGCAAUUAAUUCAUUAAAAAUUAAUCCAUGGUUUACAUCAAAAAGAGACAUUAAUCAAUUUUGCAAAACAUUCAAUCCAACAACAUGUAAUUGUAAUUCUCUUGAUAUUGAUGAAAGUGUAUUAAUGAAAGUUGAGAAGAUAAGAAACUAUGAUUUAGAUAGUUUUAUAGGUUCAAUAAAUGGAAAUGCUACUCGUAGUCAACUUGAAAGAAAUUUGGAAAUAACAGAAGAAGAAAAAGAAAAACUAAUUAAAAUAAUUCAAAAAGUAGAAUCUUUAAUUUGUUUAUCAGAUGUUUCAGAUGAAAUAUUUGAAAUUAUUAUUCAAAAUAUGAAGAAAAGAAUUAAAAUAAGAUGUGGAGAAACAUUUGCAAAGAUGUUUGAUGAAAUAUUUGAAGAAAUGAAUAUAAAUGAAACAAUGUAUCCAAGUGAAAUGAUAAUUCAUGGAGAUGGAGAUGGAAGAUGGAUUAAAAAUGCAAAGAAGAGGAAUAUUAUUUUUAUUAAUGAAAAUGAUAAUUUUAUUAAAAAAAGUAAUGAAUUAAAAAUACCAAAAGGUGUUAAAUUUUAUUCUCCAAUAGUUGUUUUAUUAGAAUCAAAAAAGAAAAUAAAUAUUUCAUAUAUUAGAACAUCAAUAAUUGCAUUAUUUACAAAUAUACAAAAUUCAUUUGAAAGUUCAGAUACAUUUGAUAUUAAAAUAAAAUUUGAUGAUAUAACUGAUAAUGAAAAAAGAAAGAAAAUUUAUACAAUUAUUAAUAAAUUUUAUGCUAAUUAUAUUAUGGUUAUUGAUUCACAUCAAUUACUAAUGACAAAAAAUAUGCCUUUAAUAUCAAAUGAAAUACCUCAAUUACCUGAAUGUGUUGAAACUCUUCAAGCUAGAAUAAGUUAUUCAGAUAUAAUAGUUAAUCAAAAAUAUAUAGAAAAUUUAGAUAUUUGUUCAUUUAAUUCUUCUGUUGAACUUCUAACAACAAAUAAUUUAAAAGCUUUAGUACUUCACGGUAUUGCAAAAUUAAAGAUAAAUAAAAGAGAUAAUAAACAACAAAUAAUAAAAGAUGAAAAAGAAGGACAAAAUGAAAAUAAAAAUAUAUUUCCUAAUCUUGAAGUACUUCGCUUAAAUGAUUGUUCUAAUUUAAAUAUAGAUUUAACAUUAGAUAAGUUAUUAGAACUUAAAAUAGUUAAAUGUGAUAACUGUAAAGUUAAUAUUAAGUCAGAUAGUAUUGGUUCAAUAACAUUAAAUGGAAAUACCCAAUCAAAAUGUAAAUUUUCACUAAAUAAAACAAAUCUUAUUCAAGUUAAAAAUUCUGAAGAUUUUAAAUUAGCAGUAAAAUCAAUUAUUGAACAAAAUAUUGAAAUAUUAAAUUCAAAUCAAUUAAAAUUGAAACCAAAAUGUCCAAUUCAUGUAUUAACAAUAAUACAUUCCAAAGGAGUUAGUGUUAUAGGAAAUGAAAGAUGUAAUAAAAUGAAAUUAGUUAAAUCAACAAUUAAUAAAAUUAAUAUUAAACCAAAAAGAGUUGUAUUUAAAUCAAUUGAAGAAUGUAUUGGAACACCACUGAAAGAAGCAGAAGAGAUAUUUAUUGUAUCAAUGAAAGAUUGUGUAUUUGAAAAGUUAUUUGAUAAAUGUCAGAUGUUAUGUAUUGAUGAAUGUGAGAAUUGUCAAUUUAUAAUUAACAAGAAUGAAAUUAAAGAAAUGAAAAUAACAAAUUGUAAAAAUACAGAUAUUAAAGGAGAGUUAAAAAUUAUUAAAGAACUUGUAACAAUAGAUAAUGAAGGAUGUAAUAUUCCAGAGGCAGAAAAUGUUAGAACAGAAGAUACAGAAAUAAUAGAAAUAAAAGAGAAAUCUAAAAAUGUAUAUAUAUACAUAGAUAAAAAACAUAUUAUUAUAAGAAAUAUUCAUAAUGGUAAUAAUCGUAUUAUUAUUACUGUUGAUCUUAAUAGUGAUGUUACAGUAGAAAAUAGUGAAAAUAUCUUAUUUGAUGGAGAAUAUGAAUACUUUGGGAAUCUUAAACUCAUUAAUCAAGAUAUAAAACGGGAAGUACCUGAUUACUGUUUAAUAAAAGCUGGAUUUACUAAUUCAUUAACAAUCAAUCAUUGUAAUAAUAUGGGAUUUGAAAUUUAUGGAAUUAAAAAAUCAUUAGAAAUAAUUGAUAGUACAGUAAGAAUUAAUUGUACUUUAGAUGGUUACAAUUUUGUGACUAAUACAGUACACAUUGAAAAUUCUAAAUUAUUUGAUUACCCUGCAUGUGCAUCAUCUCAUAAGGCAAUUAUAGAUAAUAGUACUGGAGUUGAUAGUAUCAUUUCACAUUGUAAAGGAGAACUUAUACUAAGAAAACUAAAUGAUACAGUACUCACUUUAAAUAAAGAUUUGAAGAAGAUUAAAAUGGAAGAAUGUAAUGGAAUUGAUAUUGAAAAUAAUGUCAAAGGAAAAGAUGUUAAAAUGGUAAGAUGUCAUGACAUGGAAAUAGUAGAUACUUCAAAUUCAAUCAAAACUAUUGAAUGUGAUAAUGUUGAGGUAAUAACAGAAGAAAAUCAAGGAAUGGAAGGAUUUAUGCCAGGAAAUUUUAAAUAUGUUCCAGGAGAAUUUGGAGGAAUGUUCUUUUUUUGA